AUGACUAUCGCCCAGACAAAGCCCUAUCAAAAGAGAAAGAUUAUCAUCUUCUCCGACUUCGACGGCACAAUCUUCCUACAAGACACAGGCCAUGUCCUAGUAGACAACCUCGGCUGCGGCGCAGCCUACCGCCAAAAACUCGAAGAACAAUUUAAAACCGGCGAGCGAACCUUCCGUGAAAUCUCAGAUGAUAUGUGGGGAUCCCUCACAAUCCCCUUCGGCGACGGCUUCGACAUAAUGGAAAAAACCCUCGAACUGGACCCUGGCUUCCGAGAAUUCCACCAAUACUGCGUCGCCGAGGGUUUCCCCUUCAACGUAAUCAGCGCAGGCUUGAAACCCGUUCUGCAGCGCACACUGGAUCUAUUCCUAGGAGAGGAAGAGGCUUCUUCAAUCGAAAUCGUCGCAAACGACCUCCAAUCAUCAAGCGGCGGUACGCCCUGGAAACCCGUCUGGCGCGACAACACCGACUCGGGCCACGAUAAAGGCGAGAGCGUGCAGAAAGCACGCGCAAAAGCACAGUCCGAAUGCGAGCCCGACGAGAUGCCCUUAAUCAUCUUCAUCGGCGAUGGCGUGUCUGAUCUCGCCGCCGCCCGAGAGGCAGAUGUCCUCUUUGCUCGACGCGGUCUGCGACUCGAGGAAUACUGUAUCGAGCAUGGGAUCCCGUAUACGCCUUUCGAUAACUUCUCGCAGAUUAAGAAGGAGGUUGAGGCGAUUAGUCUGGAGGAUCAGAAGAAGACCGGUGGUGUGGGUAAGCCUGUGCGGUAUAAUCCGCGUGCGAAUAUGUGGAGGAGGAUUUCGAGUAAGGAGGCUGUUCCGACGCUUAUGGCUAAGGCUACGCCUUCGCAGGACGAGAAGAUGACGCUUUGGCCGGAUUAUUUCUCUCAGCCUAAGCAGCCUCAGCCGGAGACGAUUACGGAGUGA